UUUCGGAUGGGCCGUUGUUCCCAAAGAGCCCAACCCGCUAGCUGUGUUGUUAUGUUCUCUCGUUCCAAAAGGGUUAAAUAAAUUCAUGUCUGCAGCUUUUUCCUUCUUCUUCUUCUCCAAUACCUCAAUCUCUGCGUUGUAAGAGGAAGCCACGAUUCUUUGAAACCCCAAUUUCUGGUAGUUGAUUUGAAAAGGCUCCAGCAAUCAUAUUUGGGAUGGUUUUUAAGUAAAUAAAUAUAAAUUCCGGUCCAAUCCUCCUUGUUGUUUCCCUAACUGAGCACGUUGAAACUCUUGGCCAAAAUGGUAUCCGAGUUAAUCAAUGCAAACCCUAUCAUAUAUGAAAAGAAAGAGCGUCGACCUCGAACUGCUCCAUCUGCUCCCCAUGAUGAGUAUGCUGUCGAACUAAUCGACCAACAAGAGGUUUUUGAUCAUAUAAGAGAUAUAAAGGACCCUGAGCACCCAUAUUCCUUGGAAGAGCUUAAGGUGAUCACGGAGGAAGCAGUUGAAGUUGAUGAUCAACGUAAUUAUGUGAGGGUUAUGUUUACUCCUACAGUGGAACAUUGCAGUAUGGCGACAGUUAUAGGUCUAUGCUUACGUGUCAAGCUCAUGAGAAGCUUGCCUUCACGAUACAAGGUGGAUAUCAGAGUGGCACCUGGAUCUCAUGCAACCGAAGCUGCAGUUAACAAACAAUUAAACGAUAAAGAACGUGUGGCAGCUGCACUGGAAAACUCAAACCUUCUGAAUAUGGUUGAUGAUUGCCUUGCUCCAUCUUAUGAUUGAAGGAACUUUUUUCCUCCUCCAAAUGCAAUGAACUAUGUAGGUGCUUUUAUGCCUGUCGUAGAAGUUGGUCAGCUUUAUCUGUGUUUAUGAUAUUUUUGGUUGCUGGCAUAUUGGUCUUGCUAUUUGUGGUUACCUCAUGCAAUUCGUUAAAUAGGAUACGUAGUUGAAAAUGUGAUAGUUGAGUAAGGUUCCAAGGUUCUUUGAUCAUUAGCUAAAAGAAAAAAAUUCAGCUCAUGUUUCAUAGAUUGAACAAUUUAUACCGUGUUUGGUUGAACUUUUUUGAGAUAUUAUAAAAUUAGUUUAUAUCAAUUACAUUAAUUUAUGGAAA